GUAUGAGUUGACUCUGACUCUGUCAACUCAAGCAUUACCCUGGGAAGAUCAAGAAGAUAGUGAUGACGACCAUGACGACCAUGACGACCAUGAGGACCAUGAGGGCGAUGAAGGCGAUGAAGGCGAUGAAGGCGAUGCAGCUUCUUCAGAAUCCGAAGGCGAUGAAUUUGAGAAUUUUCUCCCAACUUUUCUCUUGGAUCAGCUGGUGACGGAUGAAUGGCAAUCCAUGGGUCUUCCACGGGUCUUGGCUGAAUCUGCUGCCAUCGCCUCGCAUGUUCUCCGACCCCUCUGUGUGGAUCCUCAAGAACAGGCUCUAUCCUGGCUGCGGAAGAGAGUGGACUUUGUCACACACGUGGGCAGCCCCAAGUUGCCACAGGCCCUUCAGCAUUGCCAAGAAGGCCGUAGCCUAUUGCUGCUGGGGGUUACAGACCAGCUGCCAGCCUGUGUGGUGGAGUUUUACCAACCAGAGGUGGAGCAAAAAGAGCCGAAGGGCUCACCCGCGAAAUCAUCUGCCAGUCUGGGAGAAGAGGAGAAAGAUUCAAAGAGCAAGAAAGGCAAAGGCAAAAUCUUCGUGGUGACUCCAGAUCUGCCAUGGCGAUCGCUGGCGCUAUCGCCGCUGGACGUGGUGAACUUCGAGGUGGUGGAAGUGGAGCAGAUUCUGCUGCGGGCCAUGUCUAAGGAACCCCUCCAGUUGCAGGUGGCGAGUUUGAAGGAUUUCCCCAGCAACCAACGAGAAUUUCUGCAGCUGGAAGAGAAGAUCCAGCUUUUGUUGGCAGAGGGCGCCAGUCACAAAACCGGCAUCCUGGGCGAUAACGACUUGAUGUCCGAGAUCAGCACUUCGCGGUGUCGCUGCUGCGAACUACAGGAGAUGAACCAGGAGGCCCUGCUGCAGCGUCGCAACUUCCUGGAGAAACGUCGGAAUUUCCUCCGCGCCGCCCGGAGCUGUGCGACGCUCUUCCGCUCCAUGCAUCGCUUGGCACAGCUGGGUGUUGGCAGCGCGCCGUCCCUGUUUCAAAUGGAACACGCCUCUGCAGAAGCUUGCGCUACGGUGCUGAAAUCCCAAGGGCUGAUGCAAAGCUUUGGGAAGGAUUCAUCGCUGCAAGUGGCGGCCGCGUUAAUGUCCUUGAGCAAUUCGCCGUGGCUGGUGGUCUCCCGCGUCUUGCAACGCUUCAGCUGGAGUUAUUUCAGACAUCAGCAGCCCUUGCUGCUGCUGCUGCUGAUGAUGGCCUUCCAAAGCCAGCCGCAGGAGCCGUUGGAGAUGAAUUUCCUGCUGAAUCCCGAGUCAUUGAGGUCAGAGGUCUUCGAGUCAGCCGACGUCGAUGCCAGCAACACAUUGCCAGCCGCGGUUUGGCAGAAGGUGCGAAGCCUAAGUGCCUUGAAACCACAGAUCUUCGGAAAGCUUCCAGAGAGCAUUCUGGCGAACGCAGAUGCCUGGCACACAGCCCUCUGCUGUGGCGAUCCCUUGCCAUACGGUGAGGCGCCUUUGGGAGCUUUCGAUCGUUUGCUGUUGGCACGUGCCGUACAGCCCUUCCUCGUCUUCCAAGUGGAACUGAAGAGAUAUGCCUUGGAAGUGCUGGAUGGCGACCAGCCAGAGGUUCCCAACUUUGAGGAGGUCAUGCAGCAGGCCCUGGAGGUCUCCGUGGUUCAGAAAGAGGACAAGCAGCAGGCCGAAGAGAAGAAAGCUGAGCAGGGCCGCAAGAAGUCCGUGGUGCUGGUGACUGGGAGUGAUGAUGGAACUGGCAAAUCGGAGUCCAUGCGACGCAAAUCGGCGGCGCCAGACAGAACGGGCUCGCGAAAGGACUUCAUCCGCAAGCAGUCCAAUGUCAGCGUUGAAUCCACCCGCAGCACUCGCAGCGCUCGGAAAAAAUCCCAGGGCGAUUUGGCCAGAUCCGUUUCUCGCUUGGAGCGGAAGAAAUCUCACCAGGCGAUGCGUGGAGCGAUGACGCCCCUGGCACUUUGUCGCGCUCGGGGUCGGGAGAAUCUUGGCGCAGGGCAGGCGGCGCAGGCGGCGCAGGGCAGGGUUUCGGUGGUGGAAUCGGACUGUGGUGGGUCAACGAUGAUGGGCUCGACUUCGGAAUUCGAUUUCUCUGGACAACGUCGCAAACGCGAAAUGCGAAAGAAAGCUCCGGUGCCGUAUCCCAUUUUGCUGGUGCUGACACCAGAUGCUGAACCCUCAAGAUACCUGGCGCGAUUGGCAGCAGCACAGCUCCUGGAGCAAUACAUCGGGGCCAAACAACAGGAGCUACGAGUUCUGAACGUGGGACGCUGGCAGACAGACAGUGGUCAUCUUAUGGAGAUGGUGAAAGAUGCCUAUAAGCGCGGCAGGUGGCUGCUCUUGGAAAACAUCGAGUUGGAAUCUGACAUUCACUUGCCUUUGGACUGCUUUUUGACAUCCAUCCUUGAGGGACCUGAAUACUUUGAUCGCGAGAAGGGCAGUGCCCUUCCAGGUUUUCGGCUGUUCCUCUCCACCUCCCUCCGUGCUUUGCAGCACGUUCUCCGCGCCACGCUGCGGCUGAAGUGCGUUGCGCUGGCCUGGGAGUUGCCACGGGGCGCCAAAGCCUUGCUACAACGAUGCCAUGGUGUUACGAAGGUCAAAGACACUUCCAUUUGGAACACCUGCGAGAAGUAUCAGGAGGGUCGACGACUUCUGGUGCAGUUGGCGCGAUUUCAGGCUGUUCUACAAGCGCAUCCAUCUCGAAACCAGGAGAUGCCAUUCCACUACGCCCUGAUGUGUUUCGAAGAUCUCCUGACGCGUCUGGGGGAGACGAGGGAGACGAGGGAGACGAAGGAGGCGAAAGAGGCGCCUCCUGUGGUGCGGAAAGGUAUGGCGAUUGCAAAUACAAUCAAGGCAGAAGCGAUCGGAAGGCACGCUGGCUUCGGAGGCUUCGCAGGAGGUAUCUUUGAGGACGUCCUGCGGGUCGUAUUUGCCUUUGCAAACGCGUUGAAGAACCACCUGACACUGUUUGCAGGUGCGAACCAGCUCUCCGUGGGCUUCUCCUUCCAUUUGUCGCUGAUGUUUACCUCGGAGAGCGAGCUGAGUCGUCGAAGUCUCGCCGCCAUCUUCGAGUCCAAAGGGUUGGGGUCUCCCAGAGAUCGCUCUUUUGGUGAUUCAUUGGAUGAUGGCGCUAUGCCCGGUCAUCUUCCCAGCUUCGCCGGGGAGACGCUGGAGGAUGCCUUGGAAUUUCUGGGUCACACGGACACCUUCGAAUGCCAGGCAGCCAUCGAAUUCUUGGCUCAGUUUUGUGGAGUUCUCUUCACGGAUCACAAGAACGACCUGGACUUGGGAGGUGAAAGGCUCAGAUGUGCAGCAACUGUGAGCGAUGAAACAGCGCCAGUUUCGACGAAUCCUGAGGAGGAUGGCAUGCCUGAAGAAGUGGCCAGUGCGUUGCAUCUGCAUCUGCUCCGAGAACUGGAGUUGGCCUGCGGCUUGCUGCGAAGAGCGCGCACCCAGCUGGAGGCGAUCAUUGGCUUUCUGGAAGGCAGCAGGCCCUACGAUCCCGACACGGCAGAGGUCUUCGAGUCCAUCCGACUCUUACGAACUCCCAGCGCGUGGCUGGCCAUGCCGCCUAGAACUGCAUUGGCUUCAUGGUCUAAGGACGUAACAUCCCGGAUUUUGUCCUUGCACAGCUGGGAAGAGAAGGGCAAGGUGCCGGUGUGCUUCUCCAUGGCCUCUUUCUUCAAUCCGCAAGGUUUCCUGACGGCGGUACUGCAGGGCAUGGCCCAUCUGCGCAAGUCCUCGUUGGAAAAGAUGCACUUCGAACAUCACGUGGAACACCUGCUGCAGAAUGAAGAGGAGGUGGCACAGCAACUGCAAGCGGAUCGAGCCCUGGACCUCGCGAGCUUUCAAGGGGUCUUUGUGGCCAACCUGGUCUUGGUGGGCGCAUCGUGGAGUCGACGCAAGGGGAUCUUGGAGGAGCCAGACCCCCUGCAGCCCAGUUGCGUCUUGCCAGUCAUUCGGUUCAAUGCCGUGGAUGGGACACAGGAACCCAAGACCGAAAUGGGAAGGGGCUCCCUGGCCGGCUCCAAAGGCCCUGUGGGGCUGAGCAAAAUGCAGGAGGCCCUACGUGCUCGUGCUGCUCCGAAACGCGGAAGCCUGGGUGGUGGACGGCUGCAAAUGAUGAUGUCCAAGGCGGCGAACAACCGAAUCCACAACUUCAGCUGCCCGCUCUUGUUGCAGAGUCCAUUCCGAGGACAGAUGGGACUUUGGUGCUGCGACCAACAGCCCCUGGACUUUGUGGACAUUCCGAUGGGUUCCUGUGAGUCUCAGGACCAAUGGCUGUUGCGAGAUACUGCCAUUGUGAUCCAUGCGGAUUGA